AUGGAUGAUCCUCGACAACCCAGUGGAGAUACUAUUCCUCCGCAUGGGAGGAGACAAGCAUCAGCCUUGGAACAGGCGUCGGCAGCAGCCAUUGGAAAUGCGAGCGCUCAGGAAUCGGAUUCAGAGCAAGAUCAUGAAACGCAGCACCCCGAGGUAGGCGAGCCGCAUGAUAGUCGAAGCGGUCUUGACAAUGCGCAGACAAAUAUCCAGAGAAAUUCCCAAUCGGGAGCUUCACAAUUACACCAGACUCCCCAUCAGGCCCCGACUCAGACCCAGAGAACAACCGCACGGCCAAGCUCUCCAGAACCGUCACUAAAUGCAGUUCCGCCUCCAUCUUAUGGCGAAGCCUAUGACCAUCUUGACAUUAGCCAAAAUGGGCUUGACACUCGGGCAAGACUUUGCAAUGACGGACGUAUCAAUAUCAACAUUAAUGAAAGAACUCAUGGACUCUCAAGUCUCCUCGCACCCGCCCUUCGGAGCCAGUUAGACCUGCAUAAAGCACCAUCCGAGCACCCACCACCUUACAUUCCUCCCUCUCUGGCAGGCCUGCCAGGUGAAAAGCCUCCGCCGCCACUCAAUGUGGUCAUUCAUGUCGUUGGAUCCCGAGGCGAUGUGCAGCCGUUUGUCGCAUUGGGCCAGGUUCUCAAAAAUACUUACGGACAUAGAGUCCGGCUUGCCACCCACCCAAAUUUCCGAGAGUUUGUUCAAGAAAACGGCCUGGAGUUUUUCAGCAUUGGUGGAGACCCAGCUGAACUCAUGGCUUUUAUGGUGAAAAAUCCUGGUCUGAUGCCGGGCUUUGAGACGUUGCGCAACGGCGACGUAGGUAAGCGGCGCCGCGCCAUGUAUGACAUUUUCAGGGGUUGUUGGAGGUCUUGUAUCGAAGCUGGCGACGGCACUGGCAUCGAAGCUUCCGACAGCAAUCUUGACGAUUUUGCAAGCUUUGACAGCGGUGUUUCACUGAGUGCCGACGCUCAGCGCCCCUUUGUGGCUGAUGCUAUCAUCGCCAAUCCGCCCAGUUUUGCCCAUAUACAUUGCGCAGAGAAGCUCGGUGUCCCCUUACAUAUGAUGUUCACGAUGCCUUAUUCACCGACUCAGGCCUUUCCCCAUCCGCUGGCCAACAUCCAGUCGUCAAAUGCUGACCCCAACAUGACCAAUUUCAUCUCGUACGCCCUCGUAGAUAUGUUAACCUUUCAGGGGCUCGGGGAUUUAAUCAAUCGUUUCCGUGAGAAAACGCUCGGGCUAGAGCCGGUGAGUCUCAUGUGGGCCCCGGGCUUGCUCAGCCGACUCAGAAUACCCUUCACAUAUUGUUGGUCGCCAGCAUUGAUUCCUAAACCAGCCGACUGGGGCUCCAACAUUGCUAUAUCUGGCUUCUACUUCCUCUCAUUGGCAUCCAAUUACACCCCGGAUGAAGAAUUGGUAGCAUUUCUUCAAGCUGGUCCGCCACCCGUAUAUAUUGGAUUCGGAUCUAUCGUGGUCGAUGACCCCAAUGGAAUGACCAAACUAAUUUUUGAUGCCGUGAAGAAGACAGGGCAAAGGGCUCUGGUUUCCAAAGGCUGGGGGGGAAUAGGCGGCAAUGAAUUGGACAUACCUGACGGUGUCUUCAUGCUGGGGAAUUGCCCCCACGAUUGGCUAUUUAAGCAUGUGUCCUGCGUUGUUCAUCACGGUGGAGCGGGUACGACGGCGGCAGGAAUCGCUCUAGGCAAGCCAACAGUCAUUGUCCCAUUUUUUGGAGAUCAGCCAUUCUGGGGUGCUAUGGUUGCCAAGGCGGGUGCCGGGCCGGCGCCGAUUCCUCACAAACAGCUCACCACCGACACCCUUGCCGCAGCUAUACAGGAAGCUCUGCAGCCAAGCGCCCUUGAACGUGCGAAAGAGUUGGGGGAGCUGAUCAGGUCAGAAAAGGGCUGCGACGUUGGCGCAAGAUCCUUUCAUCGCAUGCUCGAUUUGGACAAGAUGCGAUGUAUGAUAGCACCAAGCCGUGUGGCGGUUUGGAGGAUCAGACGCACUCAGAUCAGAUUAAGCGCGUUCGCUGCCGCAGUUCUAGGCAAUGAAGGCCUCCUUGAUUUCGCCGAGUUGAAGCUCUAUCGACCCCAAGAAUAUGAUCCAGAGGAAGGGCCCUGGGACCCAAUUUCCGGAGGUGCCUCUGCUUUACUUGGUACUAUGGGUAGCCUUAUGAUGGGCUUUGCAGACUUCCCGAUCGAGAUCGUGCGAAGCGUGAAGGAUCUCAAUAAAAAUGCCGGUCCACAAGGCUGCCGCGAUGAGAAGCAAGCACCAGAGAGGACUGGCGGUAAUAGUGAGACAUCAUCACUUGCUCCCGAAUCCGGCUCGGAUACAGCGCCGCACGAACCUGAGCAUCCAGAGGCGGUGAAGUCACCAAUAGAUCCGUCCGAUUCAAGCUCCCAAACACAACCAAAGUCGUCAGCUGUAUUAUCAAAACCGCCAUCGCGAGGCGAUUCAAUGGCUCAAGCCGUGAGCGGGAAACUUGGCCGCCCUUUUACCCGGUCGCGUUCCAAUUCUCCUUCAGGAAGGCCGAGAGCUUGUUCCGACUCGCCCGCCAACAGGGUAACUCUAGAAGCAAUGAUUGGUGCUGGAAAAAGUGCUGCCCGUAUUGUAGAUGCAGGAGUAAAAUCGCCCAUGGAUUUCACAGUUGCCUUGGCAAAGGGCUUUCACAACGCACCAAAACUUUAUAAUGACAACAGUGUCCGGCAGCUGGAUAAGGUGACUGGUAUACAGAGCGGUCUAAAGGCAGCAGGAAAGGAAUUCGGAUAUGGAUUCUAUGACGGCAUUUCCGGUCUCGUCACCCACCCAGUUAAAGGCGCAAAGAAGGAAGGUUUUGCAGGUUUGUUAAAAGGCAUCGGCAAAGGCAUGGGAGGUGUCGUACUUAAGCCAGGAGCUGCUAUUUGGGGACUGCCCGGCUAUACUUUCAAGGGCAUAUACAAAGAGAUCCAAAAAUUUACGGGCGCGAGUACUCAGAAUUACAUUAUUGCUGCACGCACUACUCAGGGCUAUGAUGACUGGAAAAAUUCCUCGUACGAGGAACGGCGAGAUGUCAUUCUCCGAUGGACAUCUUUGCAGGAACAACUUCAAAGCGAGCAGCAAAAUUCUGAUCCUUUGAAGAAACAUCUCCGACAUCUGUCGUCAAAGUGGCGGCCUGAAAAGGACGAGACAUCGAGUAGUCAGCUUUCUACCCCGCGGAGCCAGUCGCCUUCAAGCUUGCAUCAUGCAAACACCUAUCCUACGCCACGGCGACCAGACGAUGCCGAAUUUGAGGAAGCUAUUCAACGGUCUGUCGCGGAGACUUCUCAGGGAAAUGCGGAGGAGGACCGAAUGAUAGAACGCGCAAUCAGGGCCAGUGUCAGUGAGUUUCAGAUGGCUCGAGAUAGAGUGAACGACGAGGACGCCAUUUCGAGAUCGGUCAGCGCGAACGUUGUGGAAGCCAAUGCCACCCGUCAACGGCAACCUAAUCCCGAAAAGGAUACAGAUGAGUUCCCAGGGUUAAAGGAUGCUCUGGAGCGAAGCCUCAGUGAACAGGGCUUCGGAAGCUCCACAAAGGAGCCUACAGACACUGCCACUGAAAUCGCCAGCGACGAAAAUGACGAAGAUUUUCAACGUGCUAUAGCAGCUUCCAGACUGAUGAUGCAGCCGGGAGAAGUUCAUGACGAAGAGAUUCGCAGAGCAAUUGAAGAGUCUCAAAAAGACCAUAGCCAGCAUCAAUCGAGACAGCGAAAUACAAAGGCUGAAGAUGAUAUUAUUUUGGAGUUUGUUAAGAAAAAUAGCCUGGCGGAGCAAAGUUGA